AUGGAAUAUUCAUGCAUUGGAUUAAAUGAUUUACCUGAUGAAAUCCUUAUGAUUAUUUUCAAAAAACUCAACAAUUUUGAUAUACUUUAUUCUUUUCAAGGUGUCAAUCAACGACUAAAUAAAAUUAUUCAAGAUCCAAUUUUUAUAAGUCAUUUGACUUUUGUUAAAUGGUUAUCACAUAAUUUUAUCGAUCUAUUUUGUUGUGAUAUGAUACGUAAUCGAUUUUGUUUACAAAUUUUACCUUUGAUUCGUCGUAAAAUUCAAUGGCUUGAUCUUGAAUCAUCAUCUAUGAAAUAUGUUUUAAAUGCUGUUGAUUAUCCUAAUUUACAUACUCUUGGUCUAUAUAAUAUUAAUGAAGAGUCAGCUCGAUGUCUUUGCACUGAUAAAAAGCUUUCAUCUGAUAUUUUCGAAGAUCAGAUUAGAAGACUUUUUAUUACAAUUGAUAAUAAUAACAUAACAAAAUUAACAAUAAUAAACAUAUUGAAUUACAUGUUGACUGUUUUCACUAAUUUAAUUUGUUUAACAUUAUAUGAAUCAUCGUAUAGAAAUCGUGUUCUAUUAUGUUUUGAUGAUCCACCUCCUACUACUUUUCGUAGUUCAACUCUUUUGAAAUUGAAUAUAAGAGUACAAUGGUUUAAAGAUUGUCUUUAUAUUCUUGAUGGUCGUUUUAGUCAACUUCAUACGCUCAAUGUUGACAUGGUAGAUGUUUAUUAUCACGAUGAAAUUCAAAAUUAA